UUAGUCCCCACCCGCUCAACGCAAUUCCCCUUCGUCUUCUCGCUUCCACCGGAACCCCACAAGCCUCCGAAGAGCCAACCCGUGAAACCCUAACCCUAAAACCCUACCCUCGCCUCCUCCCCCCCCCCCCACGCUCCCAUGGCGGGGCGCGGAAUCUAAGCGUAGCCAACCCUAUCGCGUGUCCACAUGGAUUGAGUGGAUUUCAAGGCAUGGGUCCAAACCCUAGUCUGCAGGAGCUGGCUGCUGCGGCGGCGGAGGCGGCGGCGACGGCGACGGCGACGGCGUCUGAGCCGCCGCGGGCGCGCGUGGUGCGGAUCCUCGUGCACGAUGCUGACGCUACCGACUCGUCAUCCAGCGAGGACGAGGCGCCGCCUCCGCCGCCGCGGAGGGGGAGGGGAGGCAGCAGCAGCGCGGGCGUGAAGCGCCGGGUGAUGGAGGCUAGGCCGGCCGUGCGGUUCCGCGGCGUGCGCCGGAGGCCGUGGGGGCGGUGGGCGGCGGAGAUCCGCGACCCGCACAACCGCCGCCGCCUGUGGCUGGGCACCUUCAACACCGCCGAGGAGGCCGCUACUGCCUAUGAUACCGCCAACAUCCGCCUCCGCGGUGCCAGCGCCCCCACCAACUUCCCCUCCGCUCGCUACUCGCCGCCACCGGAGCCAGCCAAGCCGAUCAUCUCGCUUACUCCUGAACCAGGGAAGGUGAUCACCUUGCCACCAGUACCUGUGAAGCCGACCGUCCCUCUGAAGGUGAAGGAGGAGGGUGGGAGCUGUGACGGCCAGGUGGAGGGAGGUAGCUCUGAGGGCCAGGAGCUUGCGUCCGAGUGGGAGAUGAUUGCCAGGAAGCGCAAGCGUUCGGGCUGUGGCAGUGGCACUUGCAUGCGCGCCAUCCAUUCUGCCUCUGUCUGCGUGGAGGAGGUUGGCGGGGCCUGAGGUCCCAAUGAUCCGUAAUUACUACCGUUAGAAGCUUUAUUGUCUAUCUCCAUAGCAUCAUUAGAACUUGGCAUUGUGUAAUUUCGGUUAGUAUAAAGUGUCAAUGUGAAAACUUAUGACUCUGCAUGUUACAUGAUUGGGUGAUUCUCUAAUGUAUAUAUGGUAUUCUGUUGCAUUUA